AUGGCUGAUGUGUCGGACAUAACUCCCCAUCUCGACCGUCUCGACGGCGACUUGGACAAGCUCGAGGACUCGUUGAAGCCAAUUCUGACCAACUUGGGCGAAGUCGCCUCCAAGCUGCCCCUGCUAGACAAGGCCAAGCUGUACGUGCUCGCCACGUACUCGAUAGAGACGGCCUUGUUCUCGGCCUUGCGCCUCAACGGCACGGACGUCAAGGAGCAUCCUGUAUUCACGGAGCUCACCCGCGUGCGUCAGUACUAUGAGAAGAUCAAGAAGGCAGAGGAGCCGCCCGAGAAGCGGACGCAGAGCGUGAAUACGCAGGCUGCCAUUCGUUUUAUCAAGGCCGACCUAGCUGGUGACGACAAGGAGGUCGAUACCAAGCUGAAGGAGCAGCUGGCAAAGGAGCGUGCGAAAGCGGCAAUCCAGGCCAGGAUGAACAAGAAGCGGCCCGCUGAGGACUCUGACGCUUCUUCCGCGGUCGCCGAUCUUAUAUCCGCCGAGAGCUCAAAAGCCGCCGCUGCCGAAAGCUCGGCUGCCAACAGCGCCGCGGAGGAAGGAGAGGUCAACGAACCCGAUAGAAAGAAGGCCAGGAAGAGCAGGGGCGACAAGAAGAAAUCUAAGAAGGACAAGAGGAAGUGA